AUGGCUGGAGAUUUCUAUCAGCUACCUCCAGUGCCAAGUCCAGAGUAUGGUGACUAUGGUCACUAUUGCUUCCUAUCUCACACCUUCAUCUGCGUCCCACACAAGCUGCAGCUUGUUGAGGUACUUUGCCAGAAAGAUGAUGUCCUAAUCACCUGCAUCAACGAGCUAGCUAGGGGUGAAUCUCUAUCCCCAGGCUCUUGCUCUGUCCUGGCUAAGGUAGCUCGCCCUUUGAAGGCAUCAGGUCAGCUUGUCCUUUUCUCUAGAAAUUUUGAGGCUGAUGUAUUCAAUGCAGAAAAGCUCAGCCAGCUGCAAGGAAAGCAGACCUUAUACACGGCGACCGACUCUGGAGAUAGGCAAACAUUAAGAAGAAGAUCUAGAGUUCCCAGGUAUGUUGCCCUCAAAGUCGGUGCACCUGUUGUUCUGACUGCGAACAUAUCAGAACAGUACUUCAAUGGCCUGUUAGGGACAGUUACUGCGAUCACACCUGAUGGCCCUCUCAUAAAGUUUGAAGUCAAGGGUCAUCAACAGGCAAUAAUCAUCAGUCCUCACCUUUCUUCAAUUUUUUCACCGGCACAUCAGAAGGUCAUUGCAACGAGGAAGCAGCUACCCUUACUGCUUGCGGUUGCAAUGACGAUCCACAAAUGUCAAGGUAUGACACUAACAUCAGUUGAAGUGCACUGCCAGCACAUCUUUGCAGCAGGCCAACUCGGAGUCGCUGUCGAAAGAGUAACCAGCAGGGAAGACUGUCACAGUUCCUAUUCUGGACGGCAACGGAAGAAGACGUGCAAGCCGUACAGCAACAAGUAG